AUGGGCAAGCAGCUGGAAGAUGGCCGCAUCCUGUCUGUCUACAAUACCCAGAAAGGGUCCACCAUGCACCUGGUCCUCAGGGGUGGGAUGCAGAUCUUUAUACAGACCCUGACAAGCAAGACCAUCACUCUGGAGGUUGAACCCAGAGACACUAUUGAGAACGUCAAGGCAAAGAUUCAGGACAAAACGGCACACCCUCUGACCAGCACAGGUCAAUCUUUUCAGGCAAGCAGCUGGAAGAUGUCUGCACCAUGUCUGACUAAAAGAUCCAGAAAGUUCACCCUGCACCUGGUCCCCCACCUCAGGGGUGAGAUGCAGACCUUUGUGAAUACCCUAGGGUCUAAUUCUUACAUCUUAAAUUAA